UCCAAACGUCCGACUGGUUACUUGACUAUUAGUCUGCAUGAAAAGUUGAAUGGAUUUUUUCUUAUCUCUGCUUAUGUUUUAUAUCCCCUGUACUUUCACAACAUGUGAAUGUUAGUAAGAAUUUAUUUCAGUUAUGAAAGCUUAUUAAUUAUUUUCAGUAUUAACAUCAGAUAUUAAAGUAACCAAUUAACCAAAUGACAUAGGAAUGAAGACAACUGGAAUAGAUUGUGGAAAUAAAACAGAUCAAAUCAGUGAUUGGAAUUUGGAAUCAAGUUUAAAUAAUGUAGUCUCACGUGUACCAGGUUCCUUCUGGUGGUAUGAUACAUCAUCGAUAGAAUCUGACGGAAUAAUCAAACGAUAUUAUUGGCUUCGAAUUCCUGCCCAUGAACUCUCUAUCAAUUUUAGUCAAAAACAAAAUGUUACUGAUCCUACAAACAUUCAUUCAACUAAAUUAUUGGCUAGACUAUUAUUACUUCAUUAUAAUGAAUCAAUAAAUAUUUCAGGUGUUCAACUUACUCCACAAAAUCAGAAUCAGAUCAUAUGUAUUGAUUGUUAUGUACCCCAGAACGGAGGACACUGGAAAGUAAUAUGGAGUGAUUUAGGACGAAACCUUGAAUUAUCCAUAGCAUCAGAUAGGGAACAUUGUGAUCUAUCAAAAAAAUUGAUAUCAGGAAUGCCAAUACAGUUAGGACCUGGUUUACGACUUAUUGGUUGGGCAUCCGGUCAUUCAUAUUCGUCCAAAUCUUGUGAUGAUACAUUACCAGGCUGUGAGACGCACAGCUGGUGCUUUAUUAUUCCUAUAAAUAUAGAACAUUUGUAUAACGUGACCGUACUCUUAUUAUUACCAAAAAUCAAGGAUGUAAAAAUUAGUCCGCCUACGCAUCCCUUUCAAUCAACAGGAUUGGGUGGAAGCAUUAAUGAUAUAAACCUAUUAAAUACCGACAAAUGUCAACCUUUCACAACAAAACAAUCCAAUUUUACACAAAUUAAAGAGUCACAACUCAGAAAAAAUUCAGACCUGUACAACAACAAUAGUAAUUUUUCUUUCACAUCAAGUCUUUUAGGAUUUGGAUCUAAAUUGGCUAUUAUCACACAGCCGGAUAAUUAUCAAGGGAAAUUAGAUAUGAGUUCUAUUAAUGUCGAUUCAAUCUGUUCCCUUGAUGCAUUAGAUUAUCGUUGUCGUGUUGGUGAUAAACGUAAAUUCUGUCAAUACACAUACAUUAAAACACAAAGUGGUACUCCAGCCUAUAAAAAUGGAGCUUUUAUAGGUCAAUUAAAAAAUGAGCGUCAAGAAACAAAUCUAGAAUAUGAUGAUCAAAAUAAAUUGUUUAAUGAUCAACCAUUUAUUCUAGAUCACAUCAAAGAAAUGAAUUUAGAUGGAACACAUUUUGUAUCAUGCAUGAAACACAAUGUGACCAUAAAUUGUGAUUCUUCCGUAGUAACAAAGGCUAAAAAUGAAAAUGAAUUUAAUUCAAAAUGUUAUGCUGAAAUAUAUCCACUUGAAGAAUUGGAAGUUGUAUGCUCAAAACAAACUGUAUCUCUUUAUUGUUUAUCAUCUAAAUGUAAAAAAUCCCAAAGUAUAUCAUCAAAUGUAAAUCAUAGUCAUCAUAGUGGAUCAGAUCAAUCAGCAUUGUAUACAACAAAUUCAGAUUUAACAAUUAGUAUGACUGAAUCAGAUCAACUUAAUAGUCAAUCAUUAUUAGUUGAUGUAAAACAACAAACUAUACCGAAAACAUUAACAACUUAUUCUAUAUUUUCAAAUCCAACUGAAGAAUAUGAAAAUCGAACAAGCUUAUUAAAUAAACUACUUGGAGAAUUAAGUCUGUUAUCCCAAAUCAUUCUAAAUUUAGAAGAUAAUCAUGAUGAAUCGUUAUGUAAUUGUGAUAUUCAUGAAUUAUGCAAAUGUAUCUUACAAGAUUUAACAGGAUUACAUAAUGAUGAAGAAGAUGAAGAGGAUAUAUGUGAUCAAGAAUUGGUAUUGCCACCAUCUCCACUAUCAACAGCACAACAUAAAGAGCAAAUACAUAUGGACUCCAUUGGAGGACUUGUCUUGUGACGCUAACCACUAGUUGGAAACUACUAAUUAUUUAUCAAUGGACCAGGUUAUACUUUUGUACUGAAUUAAACUGACCAUAUGAACAAAAAGAAGAUAUUUAUUCUUAUUUUAGAUAGACAUUACUGUGAUAUAACAAGAAGCAUAGUUUUUUAAUGAUUAAACUUUGUCCAAUCAAUUUCAACUAAUUUUUGAAAUAUGUGUUAUAUUUUUUAAUAGAUUUCAACGAUGAAUACUGAUGCUAACAAUUUCACUGGUAAACAGAAUACUAAUGAUCUAUCAGCCAUAUGCGUUCCCUUACCAAGUACUUGUCGAGUGAAAUCACCCGUUCGAUUGUUAGUUUUCUAUUUUGAAAUUUUAUCAGAGCUUAUGGAGUUAAAAGAUCAUGAAAAUAAAUGUUCAGAGGAUGAUCAAGAGGAUUUAUCUAGUCUAAUGGAUAUAUCAGCUGGGAUUUUGCGUCUUUUAGAUAUAGAUACUACUACUAAUAAUAAGAAUGAAAAUAAAAAAUAUCAUCAAGAUAGUACAGUGAAUCUCUCAACUUAUAAAAAAUGUGAUAUUGCUUUGCAUACUUUAACACAUCUACAAGAUGCUUGGAUAGCAGCCCCAGUACUAAUCGAAAUGUUGAAUACAUUAAAUAUUGAUCAGUCAAAUGAUGAUGUAACAAAUAAUUCUAAAGAAUUUUAUGAAACAAUUCAGCUUUAUUUAACACGUAUUCAGUCUGCGUUGAAUGUACAAAGGCAUGAAUUAAAAACAUUAAUAUCAAAUGAUUUAUGCUUAAAUAUGGACAAGCCUGAAAUAUCAUUUUCAAAAGAAAAUACAGUUGAAAAUUUUGAAUAUUUAUGUGGACUUGUCGUCGACGGUUCACUUACUGAUGAAUUGGAGUCGGAAAAACAAUUAUUUCUUUCAGUCCAAUAUAACUCGAAUGAAUUAUUUGAAAAAAUUCUUCAAUCGUUAGAACAAGUCCCCCUUCCUCUGGUUGAUAUAUGGAAACAAAGUAAUAAGAUCUGUAGUUCCAACCAUUUUAAUAGAAAUGAGAAACAAGAUGAACUAGAUAACAAUAAGAAGUCAUUCUUUGGUAUAACCGAUGGUGAUGGUGGUGAUAAUGACGAUAAUGAUCACAAAUGGGAACAAUUUUAUAAAUUUAAUACAUUAUAUUUAGAAUGUCUCACAACAUAUUUAAAUGAAGUGAAAUGUUUCGUUACUAUGGUCAGUGAUGCAACACCAUCACAGUCACAGUCAGUUACAAUGGUUAUAAACGAAAGUGAUCAUACUAAUUCUACUAGUCAGUCUUUUACUUAUCCUACCAUGCAUUUAUCACUGUUGAAUAAUUGUAAUUUAUUGAAUACUAGCUGGCAACAAGAACAAAUAAAUAAUAUUGAUAAAGAACGUGAAAUUUUACAGGAAAAUUUCAAUGAAUUGAGGGUUUUAGCUGAUUUUCUUCAUGUCUUAUUAUCAUCAUCAUCAUCGUCUCAAACAUCUAGUCAUUCUUGUGUAAUAAAAACUUCUAAUCAACAGAAAGCUUGGAAAGAAUUAAUCAAUGAAAUGAGAUCCGCUUCAUCGCGUGCAUUUGAACAAUAUACUUGUCUUGGAUUUUUAAAACAGAUUAUUCGUAGACCCGGUGGAUUAUGGGAUUUGUCUAAUUCUUUAAUAGAGCUAUUCAAUCAGCUAGAAAAUGCUUCUCAAUCACAAAGUUGGACAGAAUUGGAAUUGUAUAAUUUUGAACUUGCUAUUCGUCAUUUAAGUCAUCAGAUUUGGAUUGAAUUAGCUGCAAUCGAUAAUCUAUCAAAUGAAUACUUUAAUAAAACUGAGAAUAUUGGUAUAACUGAUUGGUUGGAAGCAUGGAUUUAUCAUUUACAAGAGAUAUAUCGGUUAGUGAUUAAUCAAUGGAAUGAGAAAAUGCAUCAAUUCCGCAACAAUGUACAAAUUCAUACAAUUAAUGAUUGGUGUGAUUAUGUUACAGAUUGUAUUAGUGGAUGUAAAAUGUUUCAAAAUCUAAUUCCUAAUUCAGGAUCUUUACCUUCUCAGAAUAACCAACAAACAAAAAAAUAUCAAUUUUUAGAUAAAGAAUUUCAUUUUGCUAUACUUUGGUCUUUAUUAUGCGAUGCAGAUAUAAUUCAAGAGAAGUGUAUUGUUCAACUCGAAACAACAUCCUCUUUGAAUAGUAAGAAAUUUACUCAAACAUUACAAGAAUUGAAACGAUAUUUAAAUAUAUACAUUGAAAACUUUACUAUAUUAUCCAUGGAUAAUACCAAUUCUACGUUACAUGAUUCAAAUCAUAGUCUAAUUACAUUACUUUUAAAACAAUUGGAAUAUAGUUUACAUUAUAUUCCUGAUCACUAUCGUGUAUUUUCUUUAGAAUUAAUUGAUAAUACAUUUAAUAUUUCACAUCAAUCUGAUCAGUUACGUAUCAUGUUACAACAGUUAAAGCAUUUACGUAAUUUAUGCGAACGUAAUUAUCUGCUAUGUAAUCAAUCUUUAAGUCUUUUGCAUAAAAUAAGCCUUUCUAAUUUAAACCAAUAUGAAUCGAAUGCUGUAAAAGAUAUGCUUCGAUUGUUCACUACAUGGAGUUAUGGUUAUUCUGUUAUUCGUCAAUCAUUAGAACGGGUUAUUCGUGCUGGAGGUGUUAUUGAAUCUGAAAGAUAUCCAUUGAGAGCAUUAAUACCAACUGAAUUACGUUCCGAAGCAAUUCAAAUGUUAAAACAGAAACAAGCAUUUAUAGAAGCAGUACAAUUUGGUUUAGAAACAAUUAGAUUACAAAUGAAAUCAUUAUCUAUUAAAUUGCAUGAAUAUGAUUCUAAUUCAAAAUUGGCAACAAUCAAAAUUCAAUGUGAAAAUCAACUUGAACAAUUAAAAAAUCUUUAUUAUAAAAUCUUAGAAGAUGAUAGAUUGAAAAUAACAAAUAGAGCUGAAAUACCUGAUCAUGAUUUAAAUUGUUUAGUGAUAGCUAGAACUAAUCAAGCUAUGGAAAUGAAGGAAUUUUGUCAAAAAUUAGAUCAAAUUAAUUGGAUUAAUUCAUGGGAUGGUUUAUUAGAAUAUACUAAUGAAGUAAUUAAUGAAGGAGGAUAUUUGAAAUUAUGGAUAAUUUAUUUUCUUCAACAAUUUCAAGUAUUCUCAUCAAAGAUUAAUCUGGAUGAAAUAUAUUUAUGUCAAAUAAAUCAAAUGGAAAAGAUUAUACAUGAUUGGUCAGAUUGGAUUGAGAAGUAUAUUUGGCCAUUACCAUUUCCUUAUCCAAAGAAUUACUCAUGGACACCAAUUCUAAUGUCUAUUGAUCAUUCCACAAAUAUAACAUCUCGUCAUAUUGAAUAUGAAAAGUUACUUAAAAUGGACUGUCAAAAUUCAACAUUAAAACUCAACCAUAAAUAUAUGAACUUAACAAAUUUCUAUCAUAAUCAUAUUAAAAGCAAAUCCUCAAUUAAGAAUGAAGGAUCUGGUGAAAAAUCCGCUGAUGUUUAUAAUGAUAAUUUACAAGAAAAUAAAUUAGAAUAUUCCAUGGAAUUAUUAGAUGUUAAUUAUCCAAAUGAAUUUUUAGAAGAACUUCAUCAUUUAUGCAAAUUGUCACCGUCAUCAUCGUCAUCAUCAAGAGGAAUACCAUCAAAAACUAAUAGAUAUACAUUUGCAAAUGAACAAAUGAUUUGUCAAUGUGAUAUUUUACAAUGUAUAAUUGAUAAUCGUCUAAUUGAAAUACAAUCCCGUCUUGUAUACGGUGAUCAACUUACUUUGAUGAUGAUUGAACAAAUAAUGUUUGAUUUAUUCGAGAUACAAUUGCCUAAUCAAAGUAUUCUACAAGGUGAUUCAAAAUCUCAUAACUUAUGGAUGAAUAUUUAUUCUGAUUGUAUAAAAUAUUUACGGAAUGGUUUUACAAAAUAUUUAUGUUCUGUACUUAAAAAUGAUUCAAAAUCAAAUACAUUCAAUAAUUCACAAUUUGUCAAUGAAUUCGAUAUUCCAGGCAGUCAAAGUUUCAGUAAACGUUGGCAUCAGAAACUACAAAUAGACAAGUUGGAACAAAAUACAUCAGAAUCAGAGAAACAAUUUCCAUUCUUUAUACACUUGAUUAUUUUAUACAAUUUGUAUGAUACAUGGCAGAGUAUUGUCAAGAUUGCCGGAACAAUUAUAACUUCUAAAGAAUCCACUGUAUAUAAUCCUGUACUUCUACAAUGGAUAUUAACUACACGUCAUAAAUUUGUUGAAGCUAUCUUAAAUUAUCCAAUAAUUCAACUAUCACAUAAUUAUCAAUGUAGUCAGUGUUUAUGUAAAACAAUACUUGAUACUUUCUUAUCUAUUGGUGAAGUCCAAUUGAAUAAUUUGUUUAGAGAGUUCUCAAAUCAAUACGGUUGUAUUGAUUAUUUACUUAUGGAAUCUGUACAUAAUCUAAAUGAUCGGAUCACAUUGUGUAUACAGAAAAUUGAUGCCUAUCAUUUACAAUUGAGAAAUAUCGCAAAAUUGAAGCUUCCUAAUGAUCAAGAUACAGAACUCACCAAUAACCUAUUGAAAACUUUUGAUCAUGUGAAUUUGGCUGAUUCAAAUACUGUAAAUUUACGUCAUGCUUUAUCUCAUUGGAGUGCGAUUCUCUUAAAGAAACUUGCCAAUGGUCGUAAUUUUAAACGACAUUUAACUUAUUACUCGGAGAAACUACACUCUUUACUGCUCAAUCUAAAAUCUGCUCAAACAAUGGAAACAGAUGAUUAUGUAGAGAUUGAGAAACGUCUAUCUUAUUUACAAGUAAUAAUGGAUCAACUUAAUAAACUAUUAAAUGAUCUUCAAUUAAUUCCAUUUCAAACAUCUAUCAAUUAUUCAAUAGAUUUUAUCAAUCUUAUCAAUGAACUACUAAUAACACGGCAACAAACUAUUAUUCAGUAUAUAUUAAAUAAACAUUUAAAAUAUUAUUUAUCAAGAUUACGUAAUCAUUCAACAGUUUAUCAACGUAUUCUACAUUUAUGUCAACUUGGUAAAGAUAAUUGUAAACAAAUUAUUGAAGAAUUGAUUAGUGUAUUAAAUUUUAAAGGAUUGACAAAUUCAUCCAAUACUACUAAUAAUACUACUACUAAUAACAGUAAUGAUAAAUUUAUAGAUUUACAAUAUUUAGAGAAACCACUUUUUAGAAGUCAUGUGAAAUCUCCAGGACCGGGUGGAUUAGAACAGUUAUUUUGUAAACUUUCUAUGGUUGAUAAAUAUUGUACUGAAGCUCAAGGAUAUCUUCGUCAAUCAGAUUCCUUGUUCCCCUUAAAAUCUAUAUCAUCUUCCAAUGAUUAUGAACAAAUGAUUGAUUCUGGCGGAUCAGAAACUUUUCUUAAUGAAUUAACUGAGCAACUUGUCAUGUGUAUAUUAUCGCCUUCAGUAGUGAAAAGAAAAAUUCAAUGUCUAAUUGAAAAGUCCGAAAAAUUAAGAAAUGUACUAUCUGCAUUUGAGGAUAAUGCAAAUGAAAUGAAUGCCUUCCGAGAUCAAUUAUGUUUAGCUGUACCACAAUUAACUGGAUAUCAUUUAUCUAAUUUGAUAAAAGCUGUAGAUCAUUUGGAAAGAUUGACUAGUAGAAAUUUAAAUGAAUCACAUUUUCCAACUGAUCCUGUUGAAAAAAGACAUCCAGAGUUAGGUGGAUAUUUGAAGCAUGCUGGUCAACGCUUAAUGGAAUUGGAAACUUGUUUAGAACAUAGUCGUGAAGCUGCCAGCAUUCUCAUCUAUUUUGAAUAUGAAUCUCAAUUUUGGUCGACAUCACUAACAUCAUUUCCAAGUAAAAAUAACUCCAGUCAUGAAGCUUUACAUGAACGUGGUCUUCUUUUACAAUCUAAAUUUAAAAAUUCUCCGGUAGCUAUUAAGCUUCACACAGCAUGGAUGAAAUUAACACAAUUAGGGGACCGCCUUGGCCGAAUACAAGCUGGGUUACCUGUUCGUCCAUCUGAGACAAAUGGAGUAGAGCAUUGGCAUCACUUAUCUCCAACACAAACUCAAUCACAUAUGUCAAAUGAACUUCAAACAAAAUUAAUGAAGAGUGAGACGAAAAGAAUUUCUAAAUGGAGAAAAGACGAUUCAGACGUAUUAACAAUAGAAUUUCCUUAUGUUAGUGCUGAUAAGUUACGUCGCAAACAAACUAAUCUAAGAGAUGCAUUAGGAUCACAUUUGUGUGUUCAUCCUGAUUGCAAAGCUUCAAUAGGGGAAUGCUUAUCAUCUCAUACUCAAGACAAUGAGAGCCAGUUAAACACUCAAAAUAAAAUUGAGUGGAUAUUUAAAAGAUUGAUAAACUUACAUACUUAUCUACAAAAUGAUUACAAUGAAUCCUUUAAUCGUGAAGAAUUACAACGACAAAGAGAUUCAAUCUCAAAGUCUGAAUUGUCUGAUCUGGUUAAAUAUGCACGUCGGCUACGCUGGCAUAACUCACAUAGUUUGCAGUCAGAGUAUCAAGAACUGAAAAAUCUUAUUAACGAAUUAGUAAAAUCUAAAUAUCCUAAGGUUGCCAUUCUUCAAGAAUAUUUUCAGUCCUUAGAAGAGUUAUGGUCUGGUAUGGAUAAAUCCAAAGAAAAUUUAAGUAACUGUACAGAUAAGGCUACGUUGUAUUUAAAAUUACCGAUCCCACAAAAUGAAUCAGAACUAUAUUCAACCAAAUCUAUCAAUACAGAGAUACAAGGUAAUAAUAUUCAUUCUAAACAGUAUACUCCUACUGACGCUUCCUCUCUUCAUCAAUCAAUUUUUUCACACUCUACAACUUCAACAAGUAUUCCAAAUAAUUAUCAUUCUGUGUCACAAGAUUAUAAAACUCCUGUUAUUCAAGACAUAAACGAUAAACCUUCAAAUAAUGAUCCGCAGUUAGUUGAAAAACAAACAAAUAGUUUGUAUGAUGAUGAGUACUGUGAUUGGACAUGGCGUGAAAUGACAACACAUGGAUUAGGCCCACAACCACUUGUGUUUUCCUCUUCUACAAAUGCAAAUCCUAACUAUGAAAGUCCGAAUCAAAGAACACAUGAUCCUACUAAUACAGUUGAUUUACAAUUCAAAAAUGAAACUGAUAAAUUUCCUGAUGCUUUUAUUAAUAGAAUGAUUAGUGAAUUGUCCUCAACUACUUCAUCAUUUCAAAAGAUUUCAUCGAAUUGGAAUGGAAAUAGUUCUGAAAUUUUAUCUACUGAAGAAAAGAAUACCUUAUCUAUAGACAACAAAACCCCUCCGAAGAUACAUAAUCAUGAAAUAAAAUAUUUACCAAACCAUAAUUCAGAGAGUAAUAAUCAAUUACCGAAAGUUAUUUCUCCUAAUUUCAACCAUAGAGAUUCGGCGUUACAUUUUAAUAAAAUUUCCAUCGAAGUCCCAUUAUUACCAAACAAUAUCAAAAAAGAUUUUGAAAUUAAAUCUCACCCUCUUGAAAUCCAUUCUCAUAAUGGACUAACAAACUCCACGAUUGAUGGUACUCAUACAAACUCAUGUACAUCUACUUUAACUAUAAAUUCAAAGUCUAAAUAUGAUGUACCGAAUAGGUUAGAAGCUUUUCAUCAAUCUGAUAAAUUAGUACCUUCAAAUAAUCAAAUAUCAUCUUCCAUCCUUGAUCAUAAUGAAUUAAAACCAAUAAAUAUCUGUGUUGAUGAUAAAGCAUCAAAAGGACUAAUUCCUAACAAACUAUUCAAUAAUCAAGUUCUUUUGAAUACUCACGCUCUAGAUUCAUUAAGUGAAAAUGUUACAAAUGAGAAAAAUGAAGGCGUAACCAUUAGAUUCUCACCUAAUAUAACAUUGGAUUCAAAUCCAAAGUACGAAUCCACUAGAAAUAAUCCUAAUUUAUUGAAUAGACAAUUACAAACAUCGCUAACAGAUGUAACUUCAACUACAAUAUAUAACAUUAAUAAACAGUCAGAAAUUCAUGAUGUUGACAUUAAUGGUUCAACUUUCUCAAAUACAGUCAAAACAACAGCGACAACAAUUACCAUUAAUUUAACUGAGCGUAAAUUGAAAUCUGACCAAAAAGUGAUUAGUACAGAGACUAUGGAUAGUUGUAUACCGACUUCAUUAUACAAAACUGAUCAAUCAUCUGAAUCUUUAUUCUCUAUACCAAAAGUAUCGCCAAUACCAGAUCGUUUUCAUCCUACUUUUUCUACUGUGAAAAAUCUCAACAUGAGGAAAACAUUUAAUGAAAUCUACCAAUGCCGUCAUCUUGAUUCAUCUUCUAGUAACAAUAUUAAUACUAGUGACAAUAAUGUCAAUUCAAUGUGUAGUCUAUGCAAUCACAUGAGUAAUUUACAUACACUUAUUUCUAAUUUACAAUCACAUUUAUUAUCGAAUCGACAAAAUCGACUAUCCAAUCUAUUACCUAUUGAUAUACAAUCAUUCACAUUAACAUCAUCGUCAAUUUCAUCUUUAUCCACCUAUUGGUCACCGAUAAUUAAAGAAUAUUUAUCAAUUCUAUGUGAAAUUAAAUCAGAACUUGAUUCAUUCCAAUCAUUACCUUCCGCUACAGAAUAUAAAAUUAUUUAUUUACCAGAAUAUAAGUCAAUGGUGGAUUUGUUAAAUUUAUGGAAUUGUAGAUUACAUGAUUUUCUAUGUCUACGUUCAUCAUACUCUUCUAAAUCCGGUGUUGAUAUAUCACAAACACGUUGGCUUACACUAUUUAUCAGUCUUAUACAACAUAAUGAAAUUCAAGUAGAGUAUUUGAAAUCAGUAUUCACAAGUUUACUGCAUGAUAUUGAAAAUGAAGAUAAUGAAUCCAUGAAAAGUGAUUUAAAUACGGAUGAUAAUAAUGAUGAUAAGAGUUUCUAUUUAUCACAAACAAUCCAAGAUGAAGAUAAUUCAUCCUACAUUCGAAGAGAUUCAAAUGUAAGGUUGAAUAAAUCAUCUAGAAAUGAAUAUUUAAAUGACCUGAAGAGUAGAUUAUUUUCGUGUGAUUUUGAUGAUCAACAUACUGUACAAUUGUCACUACAGCAACCGGCAUUAUUAAAACCACUGAUUACUUUUCCAAGUGAAAAGAUGAAUCAGUCAUUGCAGACUGAAAUAACGAAAAUAGACAGUGUGCAUAAACCAUCCACUGUUGUUACUACGACUAGCAUACAUGAAAAAGCAUAUGAAGGUAAGGAACAAACAGAUGGAGAAUUGAGUAAUUUUGAUGAAAUGUCAUUUGAGCAAUAUUUGUGUAGUCUACCUCAAAAUACUACUUGUGAAGUAGUUAGUAGUAUAAGUCCAACCGAUAAAAAGUUGACUCAUGGAACGAAAAUUCCUGAAUUUAAGGAAGAUAUUCCUGGAACCAAUCAAAUAACGACACGAAAAGAUAGGAUUAAAAAUACUAGAAAACGUAAGUUCAAGAAUGAAGAGUUUUCGGAAGAAAAGUAUGAUAACGGUGAUGUCAAUCAUAAAGACAUUUGCGAUAAUAAUAUUGUCAAUAACGAACCUUGUGUUUUAACAUACAUACCGAGAAUGAUAGAUAACUCAUUUUUAGGUGAUCAAAUGUUAAAAAACGAUAUAAAUAUCGAUGGAGCCGAUUAUUCUGAUGAGCAACCAAACCUAUCAGUAUGUUCUAGUUCUCCAAUUCAAAACAGAACAAGGUCGUACAAUGCUAGUCAGAUUCUCGUACAAGAAAGUGAUAAAGUGAAAAGUUAUGUAAUUCAAAACAAUCAAGUAAUAUUGAACGAUAACUUAUGCUGGUCUUCAACCGACGAUAAUCAAAUGACUGGUUUAGGUAAUGGAUUAACAAAGACAAAUGACCUGACUAACAUCAAUGAUACAGUGAAGCAUGGCGAUGAUCUGGAAGUAAUACUCAAAUCAGGUGAAAUAAUCAGUCAUCCAGUCAAAUCAGAUAACUUAUCACCAUGUAUUACUUUACAGUUAAAUAAUUCAAUAUCAGUAACAGACCCAAACACAGUUAAUAAUCAAUAUGACAGACAUUCCUUCGAUGGUAACUUGAAGAGUUCUCAUUAUAAUGAUAAGCAAAUGUCCUUACGUUUUGCAUUACCAGAUACAAGAUUAUUGAAAGAAAAUGAUAAGAGUUACCCUCCUAAUACUUGCAGUAAUUCAUUUAGUCCCGUAGAAACUCCAUCUAUUGUCGAGCCGUGUACUACAUUAAAAACUGAACAAGAUGCAGAAACAAAUAAAACAAACAUGCGAAUUUGUACGGAUAACCCAACUAGCAUAAGUUUAGAAUCAGCAGAAUUAUUAGUUAAAAGUAAUACAAAUCGAGACCAGAAUUUUGGAACUCAUCAGUUUUCAAAAUCUACUGAAAAUACGGAAAAUAACAAUGAUAAGGCGAAAAAUUAUAGUGAAGAAAUAAGUCAAAAUAUACCUAGAGACAAGCUUCAUUUCCCCCUUACGGAUUUUGUCCAACACGAUAAGUCCAAUAAAGACAAUGAAUGUCUAUCAUUGAGUGUCUCUAAGACAACCAGAGAUGAAAUUCAUUCAUAUCAGUUAGAAAAUGACAUGCUUAUAUCCCCAUUUAACCCACCACAGUCGGAUACAGAUGCGUUUUGGAAAACGACUAUCAAGAUUACCAGUAAUAAUACUGAUAAUGAUAUGAGUUCACCAUCUUCACUCACAUCUAAUUUAAAUAAACCAAUAAACGAUCCCCAUAAAUUUACACCAGCUAACAAAAAGUUACGUAAAGCAAACCGGAAGGCUGCAAAUAAUCAUCAAGUUAAACGUGUAAUGACUGACAACUUGAAAAAGCCCACUGAAAUCAAUAGAUCCCCGGGAGAGUGUCCAAUAAGUCAAUCUGAGAGUUUCAAUAACAAACAAUCUAAUAUAUCUGUACAAUCUGAGCGGCAUUCUAAAUUAGAUAAUGGUUCAACGUCACAUUCUCCAUCUACACGAGAAAUAUCGACUACAGAAAUACCGACGACAAUAUCAUUAAAACCUGGUUUCUUUGAAAAAUAUCAAACAAUUUCUGGCCAUAACAAAACUCAAUCAGAUUAUACUGAUCACCAACAUUACAAUUGUAGACCAAAUAAUGAAAGUCUUUCAGUACCUGCUACAUUGAACGAUUGUACGAAUUUAUAUGAUAAGAAUGCUGAGAGUUGUUUAACUACUCAUCAUCCAUCAAUCAUAUCGAUGGAAUAUGAGAAAAAAAUGACUGAUGCUCCAGUCAGAUUGGAACUAACACACGAAAAUGAUAGUGAUUCAUAUAUAUUUAAAAAUAAAUCUGAUAUCAAGGAAAUUGAACAAUCUAAACCCCAAUCAACUGUAACAUCAUAUCAAACGACAUUUUUGAGUAAUCCUUCCACUGAUAUAAAACACCAUGUAUGUAAGAAAGGGAUACAAAUGAGAGAAUCAUCAGUAAACAAUCUGAUGAAUACUUUUAAUCAAUACAGUGAAAGUGAUUUUAUCAAGCAGUCAGAACAUAUUUAUCAUCAGAGUAAUGGUGAGAAUAUUGAUAAAAGUGAUGAUCAUCAAUAUCAUAAUAAACAUGGUCGUCAACAUCAUCUUCCUGAGCAUACAAAACAUCAACAAGUAUAUAGAUUAGAAAAUGUUCAUGUUUUACGCAAAUUCCCCAUGAUAAAUCAAUAUAAAGAUCUUAAUGAAAGAUCGACUGAUUGUAAAAGAAUUAAUAACGAUAUUUAUGAUCGAGUAAACUUAUUACCUGAUAUAUUCAAUUCUGAAAGAUUGACCAAUGACUCAAUAAUCACCAAUAAAAACUGUUUAGAAUCUAAAGGAGAACAGCAUGUAAUGUCAACAAAUAUGGCUCGUGAAACUGACUUACAUGGAAGGUGAGUUUGAUACCGUCUUAAUAUUUAUCCUAAUUUGCAUUUGGUUUACUCAUUUAUCACCUAUAUUGAACGUGAUAUUGGAUACUACAAUAUUCACUUUUAAUGUAUCCAACAAUUAAUUAAUGAAAAAAUAAUAAUUUCGAAAAUGUGAAAUUCCACAUAGAAAGAGGCGCUAGUCGAUAUCACGUGCUGAAUUCACCUAUUAGAAUUCUGACUAUAAGUUCCACAGUCUCAAGUUUACUAUUCUGUCUAUAGCCUAACGUCCUAGAGCCGAUCAAUUGUAAGUUUUGACCUUAUCAGCUAACAUUGAGGCAAUUCGAGUGAUGCUCCUAAUUGGUCUUCCAUCCGCAAGAUUUUUUUCUAAGCCCUACUUUGAGUUCGAAGUGAAGACAGUAGCCAGCUCCCACUACAUUGUAUUUCAAACACACAUGGGUUUACGCACAACACAUAAUAGACCUGAGCACACCGUAAAUUGAAACAUCGCACUUAUAAAUAAACAAGCUGAAAGUGGCUGUGAACAUAUGAUUGAGAAUAAAAUGGGAAUAAUAAUAAGUAGUAUAAUAAUGGUUAGUGGAUACAGCGAAAGCUAACAAUAAGCAGAAUAUAAGAACAUAAUAAUCCGGUUACUUAGUGAUUAUUCAAUAAUGAUAUAAAAUAAUAAUGAUAAUUCAUUAAAUAGUUUAGGAAGUCACCAUUUCCUCAAUCUUUUUUCUGAUACAUCAAAUAGCUAGUGAUAAGCUAAAUUAUAUUGUACAUACUAUUCAAAACCAUUUCGGAAAUGCUACCAUAUGAUGAAAAUUUUUUCGUCUCUUUAGCGAUUCAUUAUAUUUUCAUUUGUAAUUACAAAAGUAAAUUUCUAUUCAGAAUGAUACAUUUCAGUAUUUAUGUAACGUUCAAUAAACAAAACAUUAAGUGUUUAAACCGAAAUUUAUUUCAUUUCACUUCUUGAAUGAAAUAAUUAAUUAACAACAGACUGGUAGGUCCUGGGUUCGAA